AUGUUGAGGACUAAGUUACGCUUGACCAUUGAGAGAGACAGAUUGGCUACUGACCUCAAGAUCAGUCUUUUUAGUGCAGCAUUAAGAAGUUUUCGUUUUGACAGCGUUUUACGUCCUUUCCCACAAACUUACAUCAGGUUUGGGGAGAAACAGAUCGAUUCAUUGAGAGAAUCAUUUCGUCAAAUCCCAGGCAUUGGCGAACUACUUCAGGAAGAAACUCGUCUAUCGGCUCAUUCUAUUGAGCUUUUAGAAUGGCUACUAGUUGAAGAUAGCACUUUCGUACACCUAAAGAUCUUACCCAAUACUAAGUUGGAAGAGCUUCUAACCGCAACUGGCUUUCGUAAUGGUACCCGCCCUAGCUUAAUUUUUGAUAUAAUCUAUAAAGGAAAAAGUUCUAGCAGUCGUUUUGACGAACUUAAGAGCCAGUAUGGUUCUUUUUAUGGAUUUCAUGGCAGUGGUGUCGAAAAUUUCUUCUCCAUUCUACAUGUUGGUCUUUUAUCACAUUUAAAUAAUAGAUCAUUAUUUGGUGAAGGAACUUAUUUAUCAACUGAUUUGGAUGUUUCCUUAAAUUUCUCUACGACCGGUUCUACAUGGGAUAAAAGCAUGAUUGCCAAAUCUAUCUCAUGUGUUGCUGUUUGUGAAGUUAUAAAGCAUCCUCGAAUUCUUGCAAAUCAAAAUAAGUAA